AAAUGAUUGAGAUUGCAGAAAAGGGUGUAACAAAUUUAGAAUUGAGCAAACAUUUUAUUAAGAGACUAAAUUAUCCUUAAUGGAAAAGAAUCAACAGGUUUGAAUUUACACAGAUAUUUUGAAAAAUAUUGAUUAUAUACUUUAUACUAUAACACGUCAGGCGAUUGUUUAUUUUAGGUAAAAACUCUCAACCUACGAUUUGAAACAUCUAAAUACACAUGAAAAAGAGUUUCGCGUAGUCUGGUCUCCAAGUUAGCCACCAUCACCAUCUAAGGCCAUGUGCGAGUUUUCUUCUGGUGAUUCUAGUCCUUGUGAUGAUGAUCAAUAUUAAGCUAAAAUAGAAUUCAUAGGUACAAAAUUAUCAAUUCGUGAUAUAUGUAAUUCUGUUCUUAAUUCUAAUUGCUAUGAAAUUCGAAUUUUAGAACCCACAAAAACAGGAAAAUAUGAAAAGUUUAAAAUUUUUAAUUAAAUCUUAGAAUCCCUUAGGAGUGGCAAAACUAAAAAGAUAUAAUUUUCUUUUAUUAUGAUUCUUCACUUGAAGCAUGUUAAGAUAAGCAUUCUAUGAAAAAGUAUUUAAAGGAAAAGUAAAAUUUAUUUAUAUUAUUAAAAUUAAUUAUAGAUUUAAAGAUUAUCAUUUUAUAAAUUUUGAAGAGGUCUAAAAAGUAUAUUUGGCAGGAGAAUAGGCAUAUGUUAUAAAAAUAAAUGAAGUUAAAUCAGCCUAAUUUUUUUAUUAUAAUAUGAAUAAAAAUUAACCAAAACAUAAGAAAUAUCUUGGUGAGAAUUUUCAAGUAAUAAAUUGUUCUCUAUCUUUCCAAAAGGUUGGAAUUUUGAAGAAAAUCCGAGAUGUCAAAAUCUAGUAUAAGAUUAUUCUUAGAUUUCUUCCAAUUUAAUUUUAUAAAGAAAAAAUUGAAAGCAUUAUUUAUGAAAGAAGAAAUGAUAAAUAUUAAAUAGAUAUUAGAUCAUUAAAAGUAGAAGAACUAUUUGAAUGUAUAAAUAAUAAUUAUAUCUUAGUUGAAGGAUGUAAAUAUGGAGUAAUUUAUUGUGAUGAUUUAAAAUAAUCUUAAAGUUUGGUAGAUAUUUUUAAUAAGUAAAAAAAAAUAAUGUAUAUAUAUUUAGAUACUUUUUUGAGAGAAAAUUAUCUUAACCAGAAAUUAUCUUAGUAAAUGAAGAAGGUAAGAAAGUUCCUUAACUUUCUAAUACCUCAGAAUUUGUUAAUCAUAUUUCAAGUAUCUAUGAUAUUGAAAAUUAAAUGAAACUUAUUCUCUAAUAAGAAAUAGAUUAAGAAGUUUAAGAAAAGAUUGAAAGAUAAGAAAGAUAAGAUAGGUUGGAAAGACAAGAAAAAUAAGAGAGAUUAGAAAAAGAAAGAUAAGAAAAAAUUGAAAAAGAAAAAAUUGAGAAAUUAGAUAGAGAGAAAGAAAAAGAAAGAAUAGAUAAAUUACAUAGUGGAAGUAUAUUUUAUUUACUAUUAAUAUAAGAAAAAAAUUAUUAAGAUAUUAAUAUAACCACUAUUGAGAUUAAUAGUAGUAAAGUUCAUGAAAAAUAAGAAAAAUCUAUUGAAAGGAAUCAAAAUUCCUAUCACAGUCAUUAUCAUCAUAAUUAUAAUAAUAAAUGUAUUGAGAUAGUAAAACUAAUAUAGAUGAGAAUGGAAGCAGAAACAAAGGCAGAAGAUCAAGAUCACAAUCCAGAAAGAGAAGACAUAGUUCAAGUGACAGUUCUAAGUUAAAAUAUAUAAUUAAUUAUAUAACAGAAAACAUCAUGAUAGAAAACAUCGAUAGAAUCGAUAUGAGACAAAAAGAAAAUCGGGAUGGGAAAACAAUAGUAGUAAGACAAGAAAAUGAAUAAAUUUUACUGUAAUUUUAAAACAACAAGGCAUUUAUAGAAAUAGACAAUUAUUUUUACAAACAAAACAGUUAAAUAAAAAUGUAAAACAAAAGCAAUACAAUCAAGCAGACUUCCUUCCA